AUGGCUCGUCCGAUGGAGAAGAUUAUUGACAUCAACGACACCAAGGAGUUGUGGAAGGUGGCGGUCAGAGUUGCCCACAAAUGGAAGGUAGUAUCCAACAACAAGGAGCACUUUGAGAUGAUCUUUCAAGACAAAGAGUUAGCUAACAUCUACCAUGUUCUUUGUGUUGUUGAUAGUUUUUGUGAACUUUUUGCCUAUGUGAUUCAUGCUGUUGAUGGGUGUGACAUUCACGUGAUUGUUCCAACUGCAUGCAUGGCCGCAUACAAUGAGAAGUUUGAGGUGGACCAUACGUAUACCGUGUCAAAUUUUGCAGUGCAACCAAAUAACUUACUUUUCAAACCAUGCUCCCACAAGUUCUUUGUGAAAUUUACGGGAGGAACUGCUGUUGGUGAUGUUGACAAACACGACAUACCCCCAAAACCACGCACUUUCACCAGUUUCCCCGACAUCAUAAGCGGCAACUUUCAGAAGAAUGUGCUCAUUGACGUUAUUGGUAUGCUCGAGAGCAUUGGGUAUCAACAAACACAAAGUGGGGGGAGAAAACUUCAGGUUAAUUUUCUGCUAAAAGAUUCAAGCAACAACACCAUCAAUUGCACCCUUUGGGAGGACUACGCCAAAGCGUUUUUUAAGUUUAACAAGGAGAAACCUGCGACAUGUGACCCGACCGUUAUUUUGCUUCAGUAUGCAAAAGUUAAAGAAGCUGGCCAAUACCCACUUUUCCCAAAGGAUUCACUGCGUAUUGUUUCCACACAACUAACCUCUCAGUCUCAACAAUACUCCCGCACUUCGACAAAUGAAAAUGUUGGAAAUAGUCGUGCUCAAAAGUUGCUUAACGGGGCUGUUUCUAUACCACUCAGUCAGAUGAAAACAUUCCGCGAGAUUACUUUCUGUGCUACAUAUGCAAAAACGAGAAAACUUAUUGCCUCGUCCUACGGAUGGUACUACCAGUGCUGUCAUGAAUGCACUAAAUCUGUUCGCGGUGACAAACCUCCCUACAAAUGUGAUAAUGGACAUUUUACUGAGGCGGAAAUCUAUAAGUAA